AUGGAUGAAUUAACUUUCCUUUGGUUAAUAUUCAUAACAGUAGUUAUAGAAGCACACUGUAAACCAAAUUCGAAUUGUUCCUCAAUUGGCAGCUGCAACUGCUACGAAGUAAAUGGAUAUAUCCACGCUGAUUGUUCUCGUAGACUCCUCUCAGUAGCUCCAUUGUUACGUGAGGACGUAGUCAGUAUAGAUUUCAGAGGUAAUCUUUUUCAUACGUUCCCCAACAAUCUUUCAGAGAACAUAAGAUAUCUAAAUUUGGCGGAAAACUUAAUCAACAAAAUAGAGGAGGCGACUAAUUUUUCAAAUGCAUCAUUACAAAACUUGAUAAACCUGGAGAAUCUUACCUUGUCAAACAACAAACUAAAUGUAAUUGAAAAAGGGGUCGUCAGAUAUACCAAGAAAUUGCGUCAUUUGGAUCUUUCAUACAACGUUGAACUUUCUCUCUCUAUCCUAGAAAAUUUGACGUAUGGUAUGAGAUAUACCGACAUUAAAGUUCUCAACUUAGAGAAAGUACAAUGUACCUAUGGUCUAAGUAAGGAACUAUCGAUACAUCAAGUUCGUAAUUUAUCAGACACUGCUUUGGAGGAACUUAACAUUGCAUCAAACAGAAUCAAUGUCUUUCAAUUUCGGAUGCUGUCGGUUUUACCGAAGACUCUUCGAAAACUUAAUGUUGCCGACAACGUGCUCGGAGUUGGAGCUUACUUGUGGACUUUCGGCCAACUUUCGAGUCUGCAAAUACUUAAUGCAAGUUUUCAGUCCAGCUUUCAUAAUAUAAAAGAUUUUGAUUUCAAUGUGUAUUGUCACGAAAAUGAGGGUUAUGAGCAGGUGACUUCACUUUUUCCUUUACCUCAAGGAAACAGAAUAACUGAAGUUAAAUAUACUGAUACUGAGUUUGACCUAGUACAGAGGAAUGCAAAGAACAUAAGAUUCCUAAAUCUGGAUAAAUACACAUGUUUAUUCCAGAAUGCAACUAGUCAGGAAUUCGGUAACUUUUCACGACUCAUGAAACAACUGGAAAAAGAAUGUUCGUCCUAUACAUUGAUCAUUGCUAUAACCUCAUCACUGCUGCUUGUUUUUGUAACUAUCGUCAUGAGUAGAAUCAUACAUCGGUACAGAUGGAAGCUACGAUACAUGUAUUUCGUCGCCAGAGGAAAGAACAAAAAUCAAAAGAUCUCCAGCAAACAAACAGAGCAUUCAAAAUACCAUUUUGAUGCUUUCAUUUCUUAUGCUAAUAACGACGAAGCAUUCGUAGUUGGUCUUGUUAAACAUUUAGAGGAAACCUUUAGGCUUCGAUUAUGUCUGCAUCAAAGAGAUUUUAUUCCAGGUACGGAUAUUGCAGACAAUAUAAUUAAUGCUAUACACAUUAGUAAACGAACAGUAUGCAUAUUGACUUCACAUUACUUAAAAUCUUACUGGUGCAUUUACGAAAUGAAUAUGGCACGAAUGGAGGCUGUGUAUUCCAGAAAUGGUUCCAAUGUUCUAUUCUUCGUCAUUCUUCAGAAAAGUGUCGUUAAGGAGUUGCCAUGGAAAUGGAUGGACCUGAUAGAAAGCAAAUCGUACAUGGAUCUUGCAGGAGACGGUGAACAGGAUUUGUCAGUUUUUCGAACAAAGCUUGCAGAAACGCUUCUUGCUGAAGAAUAUUAA